UCGGGUCACGUGCCAUACAUGGAAUUCCGGAAGCGUACCGCCCGCCAUCACUCAUCAGCUCAACUUCCAAGAUCCGGACGGACGUGUAUCAUCUACAAAAUAGAGCCGGACAUUAAUUGAUAACCUACGCCAGAGAACACCGCAACAAUGCCAGGUCUAAGAAAAGCAAAGAAAUAUAACUGGAAAGACAGCAAUAUGGCGCUGUUCGGUAGUGAUCUCGAGAGGCAGGUCAAAAAAGCGGCCGCCCUUGGAGAGCCAGCGUGGAAGAAUGCAGGAACGCAGCCAGGGCUUCAGAUCUGGAGAAUUGUGAAAUUCAUAGUCACAGAUUGGCCCAAGGAAGACUAUGGAAAGUUCUUUAACGGUGAUUCUUACAUCAUCCUAAAUACCUACACAGAAGCUACUUCUGCUGACCUCAAGUAUGACGUCCAUUUCUGGAUUGGUUCGGAGAGCUCACAAGACGAAUACGGCACGGCAGCGUACAAGACUGUCGAGUUGGAUACAUUCCUGGACGACAAGGCUGUGCAGCACAGGGAAGUUCAGGGAUACGAGUCCGAACUCUUCAAGUCCUACUUUACCAAGGGACUUGUUACAAUGGAGGGCGGCGCUGAUACUGGCUUCCGCCACGUGGAACCUACCAAAUAUAAAACAAGGUUGUUGCAAGUGUUCGGAAAGGGAGCUAACUUGUCAAUCAGAGAAGUUCCAUUGAGUAAGAAGAGUCUUAAUUCCGACGACGUCUUUAUUCUGGAUGCUGGCACAACCGUGUGGCAAUACAAUGGCAACAGUGCUAGUCCUUUUGAGAAAGCCAGGUCUAUGGAAUUCCUGCAGAAUAUUGAAGGAGAAAGGGCUGGCCAUGCCAAGGGAGAAGUUAUUGAUGAACACAGUAUCAGCGAGGGUCAUGAAUUCUUCAAGUUACUUGAAGCUGACGAGUCUGGAAGUGAAGAAGAGGAAUGUGAAAUACCAGAUGAGAAAAAACUGUUCUGUGUGUCAGAUGACUCAGGACAGAUAAAAUUCAGCGAGGUGAAAUCAGGAAAAAUAGACCAGAGUGACCUUGGAAGUGAUGACGUGUUCCUGUUUGAUUCCUGUGAGCAGAUCUUUGUUUGGAUUGGUAAGAAUGCUUCACCAGCUGAGAAGAGGAACGGAAUGACAUAUGCCCAUAACCACUGCAUGAAGACAAAUCGUCCAUUUUUGCCUAUUCACGUAGUGAAGGAGGGUCGUAACUAUGCUAGUCUGGACAUUGCCCUGUCUGCUUAAAUAUUCUACAGGAUUUAUACAAGGAAUGCCUGUCAUGUAUAGCUUCUAGACAAUCACUUUAGGCACUUGUGCACACAGACAUUAUCAUGAAGUAACUGUAUAUGUCAACAACAUGGUGAAAUAUGCCCAAGUUCUUUUGUCUUCCAGUUUCUUAUAAUUAGCUUGCAUAUUAGCAAAUCGUGUACAUUAUUAUUUCUUUUUGAUAAAAGCUUAUAUUUAAGAAAACCGUGGGAAGUUUAUUUUUCAAAAUUGAAAUGGUAUUAAAUUAUGUGUUGUGGAAAGGGGGGCGUCCUCUGUUCUGUAUAUUCUUUUUUUUUAAAUUUCCUAUGCUAUUUUAUUUAUUUAUAGACAUUAAUAUAAGUAAUUGGAUACCCAGCUUAAGUUUGCUAUUUAAGGACCAAAAUAUUGUUCUACUUCGUAAAAGCGUACUUGGUGAUAUUAUACUUGUGUAUUUAUUUUGUUUCUAUUAAUCUUUCUCUUUCUAAUAAAAUGUUGUGAAGAAA